UCGCCGGAGUCCCCUUUCACCUCCGCUCAGAGAUGGAGAGGCUGAAAAGGGAACUCAACACGAAGUGGUUCUCAACAGUAGCGAGCAUAUGGAUCCAGUGCACCAGCGGCUCACUCUACACUUUCUCCGUCUACUCCCAAACUCUCAAGUCCACACAGCACUAUGACCAGUCCACUCUCGACGCCGUCUCCGUCUUCAAGGACAUCGGCGCCAAUUUCGGCGUCCUCUCUGGUUUCCUCUACGACUCCGUCGGUGGGCCCCGGCUGGUCCUCCUCGCCGGGGCCAUUCAGUGCUUUGCCGGUUACUUUCUCAUGUGGGCCUCUGUCACUGGAUUGCUCCCUCCGCCGCCGGUGCCGCUCAUGUGCUUCUUCAUGCUUUUGGCAGCGCAUGCCAUGACUUUCUUCAACACUGCUAACGUCGUCACUUCCGUGCGGAAUUUCCGCAAUUACAGUGGUACUGCGGUUGGCAUCAUGAAGGGCUUUCUUGGUCUGAGUGGAGCAAUAUUAAUCCAAGUAUAUCAAACCUUGUUCAACAACAAACCGACAACAUAUCUUUUGAUGUUGUCUUUUUUGCCCACUACCAAUACCUUGUUGCUCUUGUGGUUCGUGAGAAUCUACGAGAUAAGUGAAGGAAAUGAUAAGAAGCAUCUGAAUGGCUUCUCAUUUAUUGCUGUAGCAGUUGCGACUUACCUUAUGGUCAUUAUAUUUUUGGAGCAUGCUGUUUCUUUAGAAUCUGCAGCACGUGUCAUUUCACUUUUUGUGCUUGUGAUCUUGCUUGCCUCACCUUUACUGAUUGCACUCAAAGGUCAGCAUAUGGAUUCCAAUAUGAUCUCUGACAUGGAGCAAUUACUGCAUGGCCCCGUCAGGCAAAAGGCUGAGAAUAGACACUCAAGUCAAGAUUCAAAUAGCUCUCAUCUUUUGGCUGGCAACAGUGAACGAGAUAAUGACAUAUAUGAUAAGAACUCUUUAGCCUUGCAAGAAGAGCUGAAUCUGUUGCAAGCAAUCCAAACCUUAGACUUCUGGAUCUUGUUUCUAGCCAUGGCAUGUGGUAUGGGAUCAGGACUUGCGACUGUGAAUAACAUAAGCCAGAUAGGAGUUUCUCUUGGGUAUACAAGUUUUGAGACUAAUACUUUGGUUUCCUUGUGGAGCAUCUGGAAUUUUCUUGGCCGUUUUGGAGCUGGCUAUUUGUCAGAUUAUGUCAUGCAUGUGAGAGAAUGGGCGCGGCCAUUGUUCAUGGUCAUCACUCUAGCAGCCAUGAGCAUUGGUCAUCUGAUGAUUGCCUCUGGUUUGCGUGGUGCUUUGUACGCCGGUUCCAUAUUUGUGGGUGUAUGCUAUGGUUCGCAGUGGUCCUUGAUGCCCUCAAUCACUUCUGAGAUUUUUUCUAUACGUCACAUGGGCACCAUAUUCAAUACCAUUACCAUUGCAGGUCCUGUAGGAUCCUAUAUCUUUUCUGUGAGAGUGGUUGGAUAUAUUUAUGACAAGGAAGCUUCAGGGGAGGGCAAUACAUGCAUAGGAACUCACUGCUUCAUGUUGUCUUUUAUUAUUAUGGCAUCUGCCACUCUUUUGGGGUCUCUUGCUGCUUUAGUAUUGUUCUUCAGGACUAGGCGCUUCUAUAGUCAAGUUGUGCUCAGAAAACUACGUUCAGCAGGGGUGUAAAAUGGCAAAUCUGGAACAUGCUCAGAGAAACUUCUAAGGUUGAUGCUUAAUAAAUAAAAGAUGGAGCAGCAUUCUUCAUUGCCAUCUGUACUAAUUCCAAAUGAUAUAUGGAAUUGCAGCGCAAAGCUUCGUGCAUCUGCAUGCUUAGUUCUACGAUAGUCGAACUCGUUCAGCUUCAACUGAUCGAGCUGUGUAUUCUUUUGAAGCUGCUUCGAAUUCACUGAAUGGGGCCCCUUUUGUUGUAUGUACAUUGUGCUAAUAAAAUAUUUCAUCUGUGAAUUGUCCUUUGUACAAAUUUUAAAUGUUGUUUCCCAGAAAAAAAAUGAUCGUAUGUACCUCUUUGAACAUCCAGAAAAGUAUAUAAUGUACAAUGAUUUGAGUUUCCAGGUUUGA